CGCUGCCUGCUGGCGGCUGAGCGGGAGUUAUUGCGUGCCCGUCCGCCUUGGCAUGGCGGAGGCGUAUUUCCCGGUGGGCCCCGGGUUGGGCCCCGAGGAGAACUUCUUAUCGCUGGACGACAUCCUCAUGUCGCAGGAGAAGCUGCCUGGCCGCGCCGAGAGCAACCUGCCCCGCUUGGCCUUCGCGCUGGGCCAAGGGACCGGCGCCGGCUCGGGGGACUCCAUCCCUGAGGGCUCAAAGCUAGAGAUCCCGAUGUGGCUGGCCAAGGGGCUGCACGACAGCAAGAGGAGGCUGAUCUCUGUAGAGCUGCCGAAGAUCUACAAGGAGGCCUGGAGGACAGUGUUCAGAGCUGAUGCCAAUGUGGUCGAUUUGCAUAAAAUGGGGCCGUACUACUAUGGAUUUGGCUCCCAGCUCCUGAACUUCGACAACCCAGAGAACCCUGAGAUAGCUCAGACUAUCCUGCAGACGUUUAUUAGCCGUUUCCGUCGUAUCAUGGACUCCUCUCAGAAUGCCUACAAUGAGGACACCUCAAAUCUGGUGGCUCGGCUGGAUGAGUUAGAGCGAGCCUUAUUUCAAGCUGGCCAGAAGGGGCUGAACGACUUCCAGUGCUGGGAAAAGGGACAGGCUUCACAAAUCACAGUUUCCAGUCUGGUCCAGAAUUACGGGAAAAGAAAAUUUACAGAAAUGGAUGGGUAAAAGCCUGAAGAACAGGUGGUUGUAACAGGGGACACAGAUUGAUAGUCACAGAAAAGAAAGAUGAAUCAGCUUUAGGAAAGGACAGACUCCCUGUCCAUUAGUGGCAGUUCUUCUUUCUGACAUCUUCAGAUUAGCCUAGUGCAAAUUUUGAAGGCAGAUGGGAAGUAUAUUAAAAAUAGACCACAUCAUGUUGCUGGAUAGCCCUGUGGCUUACUCACACCACUCCUGAGGAUCUGUGGUUGUAGUGCUUGCUAAGUGGCUGAAAGGAUAUGAGAGGAUUUUCUAAAAGGGUAAUUGAUAUUUAUCAUUCUUUAUCCUCCAAAUUUAUAUUUGCAGUGCCUGAUCCAUUUGGAAAAGAAGUGUAAUUGUUUGUAUUCCAUCCUUCCCAUACCAGCCUCAUGGGAAUAUCUGUUUCCAGCUUCUCCGUUCUUUGGAGAGCCCCAAUUAUAUGGAGAAAGUGCCACAAACCACACUGAACUUUUCCCAUUUCUUGUACAUUUAAGUAUAACAGAUGCUGUCCAUGAGGCAGGGAUCCUUUUCCUUGCUGAUUUUUGCACACGUUAGUACCUCAGAGAAUGUUUUUCCAGCUGUGCAGGUCUGAGGAGCUGCCUGGUCUUUUCUUCCCCCUCCAACUUUGUGGGAUCAGUGCUGUGAGUGGUGGAGGAUGUUCCCAGCUGCUAUGAGUGCCUUUAGUGACAGAUGUGUUUUUGCAGCAGAUGUCGAGCUCUUCCACUCAUUUUACAGAAGCAACAGAAGUUAGUCUGGACUGAGUUAAAAGCAGGUGCUUUAAUGGAAAUCAUCCUCCAUUAUCAACCUCUGUCAUCUGUUUUCCCAUGAGAUAAUCUUCUGCAUACUACGUUCAGUUACUAAUGGAGGGACAGAGCAAACGAACCGAGUUUCCUUCCUUCUGAUCCAUCUGAUUCUAUUAAAUGUCAUCACUGCCAGUAGGAGAGAUUGAAGCUGGUACUCACUGAGCAGCCCAGUGGUUAUCAUCCUGCAUGCACGUCCUUCCUGCUCCAGGAGCCACCGGGAGACAGCAGCAGUUCUGAUGCAAGACCUUCAAGAUUUAUGCACCAAUUCUUGUAGGAGUUGUCUUUGUAUGUGUAUCUGGACACCAGAUUCUUCAGACUAAAGACCUGCAGUACAAACAGCACGUGAUCAUUCCUCUGAAGCUUUGCCCUGGAGGUUGUGAGGGGGGGCAGGGUGUUGGCCUCAGCACCUGCUGGGGAGACAAACUGGAAGUUGUGUCUCACAAAGUACCUCCAUGUGUACAGAUUCAAAUGCUGCUGUACAACAUAGCCUAGGCAUUUUCUUGUAACAUUUGUAUGUUUUCUAUUUCUGGAUUUUUAUGCUGAAUAAAUAUUUUUAAGGGGAAGUUAUUUGAUUUAAAGUGACCGUUCUUAGCUGUCCAGCAACAGAGAAAUUAGUUGUGGAUAGUGCAGAUCUCUGCAAAGUCAUGGCUGCAGAGGACAGUGCAGUCCUGGUCAUCCCAUUCCUGUUCUCUUUUAGGUGACAUGGUCAGGAACUGUUUUCCUGCAGUCAGCUGCCAACUUAUCCUAUGUGAGUAGCAGCAGUUUGCUGAAGCCAUGGCAGAAACACUUCCAACCUGAUAAAAGCUAUUGAUUUUGUAAGUCUACAUUUUCAUGGUUUGUUUUAUAGAAGGGAGGUGAUUCGAUGUUAACUUUCCAGCAGCGUGACAGCCAACAGGUGGCAGCUGGCUGUUUCUGUUCAAACCCUGCUGCCCCAAGUGCUAAAGCACAGAUUGCAAAUCAUGUCCAAAUUGCAUUUAGUGUUCCAGCUGCAAGGGAAGCAAGUUUAACCUCACCUGUGAUAAAAGCACUUCAGGUUUGGAAGGGCUGUUUUAAGGUAGUUGCUUUGAGAGCUGGUUUAUAACAAGAAGUCAUUCUCUCCUCAGUUUCUAGAUUAGAUUUGAUGACUCUCCAAACUCAUUUUCCUGUGUUUGUAAGAACAUUUCUCAUCGUUACUGCUGGGUACAAAGUCCAGACAGAUGGUGUACGCUCACCAGUGUUUUGUGCAGCCAGUUUCAGAGUAGGGAGAUUGAAGUAGUCCUUAAUGUCAGAUGUCUCUUUUAGUAACCCCGAGUGCUUUGUAAAAAAAAAAAAAAAAAAAAAAAAAAAAA